AUGCGAGAUCUCAUGGUGGAUUUCCUAAUCAUUAAAGUACCAGCGGCCUACAAUGUGAUCAUCGGUCGCCCAUUCAUACAUGACGUGCAGGCGGUAGUCUCCACCUAUCACUUGACAAUGAUAUAUAUGUCGAACCUGGAAAGGCCGGCAAAGAUAAGGGGAAGUCAGUUGGCGGCAAGGUCCUGUUACUUGACUGCUUUGAGAACACCGGGAAGAAUGGUCCCAGAAGUGAACUUGACUACUGAGCCGGCAAGGCAAGAGGUACACUUGACUACUAAGCCGGCAAGACAAGAACAACUGCCAAAAAGGAAGAGCUGCACAAAAAGGGGUCGAACCGACCUGAACAUGGAACACUUUGAUGAGAGGCCGGUAUCAGCACCAAGACCAAUGGAUGGUCUGACAGAAAAUAUCGAGCUGGAGGUUGGAAACAUGGAUAGAACAGUCGUGAUCGGUACAGAAAUGGGGAGUGACAUGAAGGUUAACCUCAUAAGCUUGCUGAGGGAGCACGCGGACAUCUUCGCAUUCUCGGCGGAUGAGAUGCCUGGUAUCGAUCCAGAGAUAAUGGUCCACCGGUUAAACGCCGACAGAAAUGUUAGGCCUGUACGGCAGAAAAAACGUAAUUUCUCCACGGAAAAAAUGACAGCAAUACAAGAAGAGGUGGAUAAACUGCUGGCGGCAGGUUUUAUUGAGCCAUGUGACUACCCUGAAUGGUUGGCAAACGUAGUAAUGGUAAAAAAGUCAAGUGGGUCAUGGAGAAUGUGCGUAGAUUUCACCAACCUUAACAGAGCAUGUCCGAAAGAUUUCUACCCAUUACCACGGAUUGAUAGGCUGGUAGACUCCACUAGCGGCCAUGCAAUGCUCAGUUUCCUAGAUGCUUUCUCAAAGUACCAUCAGGUCAGCCUGCAUAAAUCAGACAGGAAGAAGGCGGCCUUUAUCACGGAUGCAGGAGUUUUCUGUUAUAAGGCGAUGCCAUUCGGGUUGAAAAAUGCAGGGGCAACAUAUCAAAGGCUGGUCGACAAGGUGUUUGCCGACCAAAAAGGCAGAAACGUGGAGGUCUAUGUAGAUGACUCUAUCGUAAAAAGCUGGAAGGAGGAGGAUCAUGUUAGCGACCUCCGAGAAACUUUUGAAACUUUGAGAAAAUACAGGAUGAAAUUAAACCCAAAAAAAUGCGUCUUCGGAGUAAGGUCGGGAAAAUUCCUGGGUUUCUUGGUCAGCGAGCGUGGCAUAGACGCUAACCCUGAAAAAGUAGAAGCAAUCAUUAGUCUGCCGCAACCCAAAAGCGUAAAAGACAUACAGCGGUUGACAGGAAAAAUGGCCGCCUUAAACAGAUUUGUGAGCAAGUCAACAGAUAAACAAAUGCACUUCUUCACAACCCUGAGGCAAAACAAGAAGUUCAAAUGGGGGCCGGCAGAGCAAGAGGCUUUUGAAGCUCUAAAAAGUCACCUAAAGAACCUGCCAACAAUAGCAAGGGCAAAAGAGGGCGGCAAAUUACAAUUGUACAUAUCGGCGUCGCCAAAAACAGUUGCAGCAGUACUGGUGGCCGAAACAGAAAACAAAGGGCAGCAGCCGGUAUAUUUUGUGAGCCAUGUGCUAAACGGCCCAGAAACAAGAUACACGUUGGCGGAAAAAAUGGCAUAUGCAGUCCUCAUCGCGGCUAGAAAGUUAAGACCAUACUUCGAUGCGCAUACAAUCGAAGUGCUAACAAAUUUUCCUCUCGAAAAAGCCAUCAGCAAGCUAGAUACAUCAGGCCGGUUGCUAAAAUGGGCAAUAGAGUUGUCCGAGUUUGACUUGGAAUUCCGGCCAAGAACUGCAAUCAAAGCCCAGGCAUUGGCGGACUUCAUAGUUGAAGCGUCAUACCAAGAAGAUGAAGUACAAGCUGAAGUAUGGGAUGUGUCAGUGGAUGGUUCAGCUGCACAGACAGGCAGUGGGGCUGGAAUAAUCAUGAAAUCGCCAACAGGAGACAUUUUUGAGUAUGCUAUAAAGUUUAUGUUCAACGCGUCAAAUAACGAGGCAGAAUACGAGGCAGCAAUUGCCGGCAUCCAAAUGUGCCUCGCAGCAGAUGCCAAAAGAGUAAUACUGACAACAGACUCCCAGCUGGUAGCAAGUCAAUUCAGCGGAGAAUAUGAGGCCAAAGAACCUUCAAUGGUCAGAUACCUGGAGAAGUUGAGGUCGGUUUCGGCUCAGCUAGAGAAAUUCAGCAUUAAUCUGGUACCCCGAGCAGAAAACACACUGGAAGACGCACUAUCAAAGUUAGCAAGUUCAAAUGUCGCCGACUUGAAAAGAACAGUCAUGAUGGAAGUCAUGAAUAAGCGAAGUACGGAGUCGGAGGUAAUACGGGUCAUGGCCAUCACAACUACCUCAGAAUGGUACGAUAAUAUCCAAACAUAUAUACAGACUGGAGCCCUACCAGCAGAUUUGGCAGAAGCCAAAAAGACAAGAAGGGACUCGGUUUGGUACAUCAUCAUGUGGGGACGGUUGUACAAAAAGUCAUUUAGCCUGCCAUUCUUAAGGUGCCUGACAGCAUUCGAGUCAGCAAGGCUGGUCGAAGAGAUGCACGAAGGAACAUGUGGGAACCAUGCCGGUGGAAAACCCCUUGCCAUCAUCUGUCAAAGGCAAGGCUAUUACUGGCCAACAAUGUUAGAAGAUUGUCGAGCUUAUGUAAAAAAGUGCGAGAAAUGUCAAAAGUUUUCAGCUGUGAUAAACUUGCCAGCCAAUGAUUUGAUGCCCAUUCUGAACCCAAUCCCAUUUGCACAAUGGGGAAUGGAGAUUGUUGGACCAUUCCCAAUGGCGGCUGGAGGGCGCAAGUUCUUAAUAGUAGUAGUGGACUAUUUCACCAAGUGGAUAGAAGCAGAGCCGGUAUCAAAAAUAACGGCAAACCAGAGCAACGGGCAAGCAGAGGCGGCGAAUAAGCAAAUCCUGGCUGCACUGAAAAAGAAGCUAGAAGACUGUAAAGGCAAAUGGGCAGAUCUUAUGCCAGAAAUUCUGUGGUGCAACAUAACUGCUAUCAAGGAGGCUACCGGCGAGAGUCCAUUUAAAUUAAGCUUCGGGUCUGAGGCUGUCAUACCGGCAGAAAUGGCUCUGCCAACCAUGCGAAUCCAGCAUUACGAUGAGGAGAGAAACGAUCAGUUGCUGCGACAUCAGUUGGAUUUCAUGCCAGAAAUCCGCAUGAAAGCAGAAAUCAGUUCGGCAGCAUACAAAAGCAGAAUGAGCAGAGCAUACAACAAGAAAGUGAAACACCGGCCUCUAGGAAUAGGAGACCUGGUACUGCGGAGAACGGCGGCAACAGGAAAAGGAAAUGCUCAAGGAAAGCUGACAGCCAAUUGGGAAGGACCAUACCAGAUAUGGGAGGAAAUUGUUCCUGGAUCAUACCGGUUAAUGCAAAUGGAUGGUACCGCGCUCAAGAACUCCUAG